GCAGACAGGCGCACGGUCCUCCUCCUCUUCCUCCUCUCUCUACUCUCCAUCCACCUCUCUCUCCCUCCCUCUUCCUCUCUCUCUGUCUCUCUUCAUCCAUCAUCCAUCCAUACGCAUCUCUUUGGAUACCUACCUCUCCCUCCCAGAGCGCGUGCUGGAUCAGUCCAUCCUCCACAUGUCAUCUCUGCUGUAGUCGUGUUGGAGGCUGUAUUUACGGUGAUGAUGCCUGGCUGAAAGGCUCGCGGAUAAACGCGGCUGGAUCACAAAAAGAAGGAGAAGAAGAAGAUCUGUGUCUUUCUGUUGGAGCGUGUACUCUGCGUAAUGGAUUUACUGUACUCGAAGAAAAGUUGGAUUUUGUGAAGAGCUCGGUGGAGCCCCUAACAUGGACAGAAUAGGAGGGCGGUUUUAGACAGGUGCUUUUGGGUUGGAAUCACAUCGUGAGAGGAGAUGCACAGAGUGUGGAUACUCUUCUUUCUAAUAGAAGAGGGUUUCGCUCUGGCACAGAGGAGUAAAGAUCCCCCAAGCGAGCAUGGCGCCCAGACCCCCAAUCAGAACGACUGUGGCACGUGGGUCCGCAACAUCAAUGGCGGAGUGUUCACUUCGCCGAACUACCCGAACACGUACCCUCCCAACAAGGAGUGUGUUUACAUCCUGGAAGCUCUCCCCAGACAGAGGAUUCAGCUGGCUUUUGAUAAGAAUUACUAUAUCGAGCCAUCAUUCGAGUGUCGCUUCGAUCACAUAGAAAUCCGUGAUGGGCCGUUUGGGUUCUCGCCUCUCAUUGAUCGCUUCUGUGGGGGAAAGAACCCAGGCCUGGUGACAUCGACUGGGCGCUUCAUGUGGAUCAAGUUCACCAGCGACGAGGAGCUGGAGGGUCUCGGUUUCCGGAUCAAGUACACUUUUAUUGCAGACCCUGAUUUCCAUCUGCAUGUGGGCGGACUGCUAAACCCCAUCCCAGACUGUCAGUUUGAGAUCGGUGGAUGGGACGGGGUCAUUCGCUCCAGUCAGGUGGAGGAGGAGGAGAAAGUGAAGCCUGGUGACGCUCUGGACUGUAUCUGGACCAUCAGGGCUCCUCCUCAGUCAAAGAUCUAUCUUCGCUUCCUGGAGUAUCAGAUGGAGCACUCAAACGAGUGCAAGAAAAACUUUGUUGCUGUGUACGACGGUAGCAGUGCCAUCGAGAACCUCAAGGCCAAGUUCUGUAGCACCGUAGCCAACGAUGUGAUGCUGGAUAACGGUGUGGGGGUCGUACGAAUGUGGGCUGAUGAGAAGAGCCGUCUCAGCCGCUUCCGCAUGCUCUUCACCUCCUUCGUUGACCCUCCCUGUUCAGCAAACACAUUCUUCUGCCACAGCAACAUGUGUAUUAACAACUCCCUGGUGUGCAAUGGAGUUCAGAACUGCGUCUACCCAUGGGAUGAAAAUCACUGCAAAGAGAAGCGAUCCAAGGGGCUUUUUCAUCAGAUCACCAAAACGCAUGGCACCGUCAUUGGUGUCUCAUCAGGCAUAGUUCUGGUUCUUCUCAUCAUCUCCAUCCUGGUCCAGAUGAAGCAGCCCAGGAAGAAGGUCGUAGCUCGCCGCCCUGGUGUUUUCAAUAAGGCGGGCUUCCAGGAGGUCUUCGACCCACCACACUACGAGCUCUUCUCUCUUCGUGACAAAGAGAUGUCAUCAGAUUUAGCCGACCUGACUGAAGAACUGGACAGCUUCCACAAGCUACGGCGUUCUUCCACCAUGUCCCGCUGUGUCCAUGAGCACCACUGCGGCUCCCAGGCUUCAGUCGCUACAGGCGGGGGCAGUAUGAAGCACAGCCGCACCACCCUGAGCUCCAUGGAGCUGUCAUACCACAACGAUUUCUCCAAGCCUCCACCCAUGAAGACGUUCAACUCCACAGCCAGCUACAAGAAGAGCUGCUAUGGCUACAAGCAGCACUCACAGACUCAUGACUGUGACCAGCAGGUCAUCGAGGACCGUGUCACGGAGGAGAUCCCUUGUGAGAUCUAUGGACGAGGCAGCGGAGGAGCAGUAGGAGCCACAGGUGGGGCAAUGGGAGUAGGAGGACCAUCAGGGAUUGCAGGAGGAGGGAUCGGAGGAUCUGUGGGGAUAGCAGGAGGAGUGGCGAUGUCGGGCGGUAUGGGGAUGUCUGGAGGAGUGGGUCUGGCAGGAGGAGUGAGCAUGGCGGGGCCGAGUGGCAUUGCUGGAGGAAUCGGUGGUGGGAUGGCUGGAGCCUGCGGUACCCUCAGUAUGCGUGGUAACAGCGCUCGUAACAGUACCACUGUGGUUGAUCCACAACAGCGCUCCAUGUCCAUGGACUUCUAGAUGGUAGGAGGAAGAGGAAAGUGAGAAAGGAAAGGCAGAAAGAUUCACUCAUGGAAAGAAGAGAAGGAGAGUCACUAAAGUGUUUAAACGAUCACUCCUGUCUCUUCUUUGCUUUCAAAGCAAUAUCAAAAAGUAUUGCAGUGACACUUGAGGCUCCACUCACAGUCCUGUCUGAAGGAUUAGGAGGUUAGCAGACAAGACUCAAAGAGGAAAAAACAUGAACAUCUUCCAGAUACUGAUGGCUGUAGACUGUAUGGAGGAUGGAGUCAUUCCUGCUCCAUCUACUCAUUAAAUCUUUUUUCAUAAGAAGGGGGGUUCUCGCAUGCAGACCCAGACUUGUCUCUGUUUGGUUGCAGAGGAGACCGGUAACCAAUCAACAGCAAGAGAAGAGGGAUGGAGUCGUCCUGGACUGAGUUUUUACAUUUACUCACCUGCCAUGCACAGAUAUAUGAUAAAUGGUGCGUCUUCUAAUAAUUUGAGUCUUUAUUUUUGUCGGUGUACUGUACUGUUCAAACCAGUAUAUAUAUCCAGCCUCAUGAUGAUGCUUGGCUUUUAACUCUUUAAUCUUUUUCAAAUGUUGAUCAGAUGAUUUUAUGAAGAUGGCGUGUUCAUUACUUAGGGUGUUGAUGAUGAGGAGGAGAAAAAUGAUGAUCAGAAACAUGAUGGUGAUGAUGAUGAUGUGAUAUUACUAUAAAGAUUAUGUAGUUUUUAUUGUUACCUCACACUUACACAGAGGGUAUCGCUCCAUUCAGUCUCUCCUCAGGAAGAGCACAUGAAUAGACUUAUUUUGGUAAGAAAAAAAGUAUAUUUCUGCUAAUAAAGGCUAUGGAUGAUUGUUUAUGAGGAAGAAUUUGGUUGUGAGGCCUAGACUGAAUCAAAACAGCAACCAUCCCACCCCUGAACCCCACCUUUACCAGGAGAAAAUGUAAUUCUCUGCAUCCCCAUGAACUGAGUGUGUAAAACAAGCACAACCUGUUUUCCUAAAGAGAAGAACAUGUAGCCUGUAUGGGACUCAUUUAUG